AUGAGAUUUACGCCGAAUAUAAUCGGAAUUUUAUUUAUUUCAAUACUUAUUGAUUUUUUGGAAUUUACGAUUAUUUUACCAUUAUUACCCAAAAUAUUAACUUAUUAUGGUAGUGGAACAGACAUUAGUCAUGAUUCACUUUAUGUUCAAACAAUGUCGUUUGUUAAAUUUAUUCAAGAUUUAACUGGUGCACCAAAUGAUCCAAAAUGGAAUUCUGUUUUAUUUGGAGGUAUUGUUGGUUCACUAUUUUCUUUUCUUCAAUUUUUCUCAUCGACAUUAUGUGGUGCGGCAUCCGAUCGUUAUGGUCGAAAGCCAGUACUUCUUCUAUCAAUGAUAGGGAUAUCACUUUCAUACGCUGUUUGGUGUAUUUCAUUUAAUUUGACCGUAUUUAUGAUUGCACGUAUUAUUGGUGGACUUUCAAAGGCAAAUGUUGCUAUUAUAUUAGCUAUUGUAUCGGAUUCAACAACAGAAAAUGAAAGAAAUCGAGCAAUGGCAAGUGCAUGGAUUGGUGCAGCUUUUUCACUUGGUUUUAUAUUUGGACCAUUACUUGGUGCUUUAUGUAGUCAUUUAGGUACUAUCUAUUGGCCAGAAUCGACCGUGAUAUUUUUUAUUUUUCCUGCUAUUGUUUCACUUAUAUUAUCAUUGAUAAAUAUUGCAUUUGUUAAUCAAUUUUGCCCAGAAACAUUACCACAAUCAAAACGAGAUGGAAAACAAACAACACUUACAGAUGUUUAUAAUGCGAUAUUACCUUGGAAUCUCUUUAAAUUUAAUGCUAUACAUAAUGUUAAAUCUCUUGAUGAUAUUACUAUUCUACGUCGAUUGGGUUUAGCAAGUUUCUUAUAUAUGAUUAUAUUUUCUGGUUUAGAAUUUACAAUAACCUUUCUUGUCUACAAUCGAUUCAAUUGGAAUAGUAUGCAACAAGGGAAAAUGUUUUUUAUUAUGGGUUUAUGCAUGGCAUUGGUACAAGGUGGUUAUGUUAGACGAAUACCACAUGGAAAAGAAAUUACUUCAGCUAUGACUGUAAGUAUAAUAAACAAGAAGUUUAUUAACAGAUCUAUUUUUAGAGAUUAUUAAGCAAUUUAGAUUAGACUUUUUUUUUAUUUUGAUCGAUUAUGACUUUAAUGAGUAUAAUACUAAGAUGGAAUACGAAAAUGACAGUUGUUUUUUUGUAUUCCGAUAAACAUGUUAUCUGGAUAAAAAGUUAUUAGAGUUAUAGAGUUAGAAAUGUACAUGGCGUAGUUGGAAAACUAUUCGAUUGUAAAUGAUUGAUAUUGUCGUUGUUAUAGGACAUUGGUGUAAUCGUUUUUUUUUCAAGAAAUAACAUAUUCUCAUUGUAUUUUAAUCUAGAUUAAUUAUAUAUAAGAAGAUUUCUGAUUUAUUUGUCUUUAGCUAUAAUCAUGAUUUCUAAUUUGAAUAAUUCUUUUUGUCUCGU